UUCCAGCUUCAUGUCCAUCAUCACCAACAUCACCGCGCGCUCCAACUCAUUCAAAGUUACGGAGUGUGCCGCGUGAAUAAGAGCUGCAUGUGUACAGCUGUUCAUUACAAUGGCGUGGGACAAAAUAGCGCUCUUCUUUUUACAACUUUCAUGGACAGUUCAGCAUGUCACAGCCAUUCACAGACAUGACAUCUAUCCACAUGGGAUGUUAUACGGCGAUGUAACUCUGCAAGAAGGGGACGAUGAGACUUCUGAAGUGACCACGCUCACCAAACCCAUGUACUUCUAUGAGACGUCCUUCACUAACUUAUACGUGGCCACCAAUGGAAUCAUCUCAACUCAGGAUCUUCCCAUGGAGAAGCAGUAUGUAGAUGACGACUUCCCUACUGACUUCCCCGUCAUUGCCCCCUUCCUGGCUGACAUUGACACCAGCAACAGAAAAGGAUCCAUCUUCUAUCGGCAGACAGAGUCUCCUACUGUGCUGAAGCGGGUGGAAGCGGAUGUCAAAAGAGGCUUUCCAGAUGCCACGUUCACCCCAACUCAUGCCUUUAUCGCCACCUGGGAGAAUGUGUCCGCUUACGAGGAGGUCACCCGCAGAUCUAGCCCAUCCAAUCGGGUAAACACAUUCCAAGUGGUGCUUGCAUACAACGAGAGGGAUACUUACGCGCUCUUCCUAUAUCCUGAGGAUGGCCUGCAGUUUUUUGGGACACGACCCAAAGAAUCUUACAAUGUCAAAAUUGAGCUUCCAGCUCGUGUUGGCUUCACCAGAGGAGAACUGUCCUUCCUCUUCUUUUCUCGGACAGAGGGCCCGUACUACAGCGUCACCAGCAAUGAGCAGUCCGUCAAGAACCUUUACCAAAAAGGAAACAUUGGAGAGCCUGGAGUUUGGCUCUUCCACAUUGGAAACAGAUAUUCCUUCCAGAAUGUUAUUCCUGCACAGCAUGAGGCUGUUUUAACCAAAGCUCCCCCAGUCCUGGUUGCUGUGUUCCCUGAUGAAGACUACACAGAAACAGAUGAGGAGGAGUAUGAUCCCAUUGAUCCAGACUUCCAAGAUCCCACCACAAUGGACUUUCUUGAGCCAGAGCAGGACUCCUCCCUCCUGGAGCAUCUCAACCAGAAGGUGCCUCUUGGUCAGUCUCCGCCUCAGCCCUCAGAUUCUGGUCCAGGCGAGUUUCCUCCGCUGGAUCCCCAUAAACUCCCCUCGGAGGACGUGACCCAGCCUCAGCGGCCAUUACCAAAGCACGCAAUUCUGCAGGUGUACCCGAACCGAGUAAAGGAUGUCCCACCUCACGCUUCUGGUGGUCAAGUGUUCAGUGUUGAGGAGAAAGUGGAUUUUGACUCUGGAGUGAUUCAUUACUCAACCGAUAAUAAAGAGACAUGUGAGCGCUUCCAGCAGCAGUGCAGUCAGAACGCACACUGCACAGACUAUUCCACCGGCUUCUGCUGUCACUGCAACUCAGGAUUCUACGGAAACGGCCGUCAAUGCCUGCCAAACGGUGCACCUCUUCGGGUGAAUGGAAAGGUCAGAGGGACUGUACUGGUGGGGGACACAGCAGUGCAGCUGGACAGCAUCGACCUGCAUGCCUACAUCGUGGUGGGUGACGGACGAGCGUACACUGCCAUCAGUGAGGUCCCAGAGCCAGUGGGUUGGGCCCUCAUGCCCGUGGCCCCUAUUGGAGGCCUGUUUGGUUGGCUCUUUGCCCUUGAGUUGCCAAACAGCCGUAAUGGCUUCAGUAUCACCGGUGCCGAAUUCACUCGCCGUGCCGAUGUGACUUUCUAUCCUGGUAACCAGCGUCUCAGCAUCGUCCAGACAGCUACGGGUUUGGAUAACCAGAACCACCUCAAUGUGGACACUCAUUUACAGGGCAGCGUUCCCUUCAUCCCUCCUGGUGCAACAGUGCAGAUAGAGCCAUUUAAGGACACCUACCAUUAUUACCCUUCAUUGAUUACCUCCACAUCCGUGCGUGAGUUUACAGUCGUCUCCGCUGAGAACGGAGCGGAGACCCAUACUUUCCAGGUCAAACAGAACAUCACGUACAGGGACUGCAAUCAUGGGCCCCGCAGUGGACUGGAGAUGCAGGAACUGAGAAUGGAACGUAUAUUUGUUAUGUAUGUCAAAGAGGAGCGCAUCCUUCGAUACGCCAUCACCAACAAGAUCGGCCCUCUCGGAGCUGGAGACCCAGAGCCCGAAGAUGUGAAUCCAUGUUACUCUGGUAAUCAUGACUGUGACACAACCGCACAGUGUGUGCCAGCCGGGGGACAGCUGUUUUUGUGCCAGUGCGCCACAGGUUACAGAGGAGACGGCCGCUACUGUUAUGAUGUGGAUGAGUGUGCUGAAGGUCUGAGCUCCUGUGGUGCUCAUUCUUCCUGUGUGAACCUGCCUGGGAGCCAUCGCUGUCAGUGUGAGAGCGGAUUCCAGUUUGGAUUUGAUGGCCGGACAUGUCAGGAUGUGGACGAGUGUCGUGACCAGCCAUGCCACACCCAGGCCUCGUGCUCAAACAGUCCGGGAUCUUUCCAGUGCCAAUGCCAACUGGGACACCAUGGAGAUGGUUUUCUGUGCCACCCUCAAAACGGUCGUCCCAAGACUCAGUGUGAGCAGCACAGAGACAGUCUUCAGAGUGGAAAUGGUGGUGUUCCUCUGGUAGGAGCCCUCAUCCCUCAGUGUGAUGAGGAGGGUCAGUACAGGCCGCAGCAGUGCCACGGGUCCACAGGUCACUGCUGGUGUGUGGACAGCAGGGGACAGGAGAGACCGGGGACCCAAACUCCACCCGGAACCCCGGGAAUAAAUUGUGACGAGCUUGUGCCUCCAGCCCAGCAUCCAGAGGCGGUCUGUGAGCGCUGGAGAGCCAGUCUGCUGCAGCAAUAUGGAGGUCAGCCGGAAUCCCACCAUUAUCUACCUCAGUGUGACUCUGCCGGGGAGUUCAACCCAGUUCAGUGCUACGGAGACAGCAGCUACUGUUGGUGUGUGGACCAAAACGGGCGGGAAGUAUCAGGAACCCGCUCACAUGAUGCUGUGAAACCUGCCUGUAUACCUACUGUGGCCCCUCCCACCAUGCACCCUCUGCCACGCCCAGACGUGACCCCGUCUCCAUCAGGCACGUCCUUGCUCUAUGCCCAGGGCCAACAGAUUGGGGUUUUGCCUCUCAAUGGCACACAGAUGGACAAGCAGAGAUCUUCAGUGCUGCUUGCUCUACAUGGCUCUAUAGUGGUUGGCAUUGAUUAUGACUGCAGAGAAAGAAAAGUUUAUUGGACAGAUCUGGCUGCACGGACAAUCAAUCGAGCCAGUCUGGAGCCAGGAUCAGAACCUGAGAUUAUCAUCAACACAGCUCUGAUGAGUCCAGAAGGUCUUGCUAUAGAUGCCGCCCGCAGGAGACUGUUUUGGGUGGACAGCACAUCCGAUAAGAUUGAAACAGCGAACUUUGAUGGAAGUGACAGGCGUGUUCUGUUUGACACAGACGUAGUAAAUCCCAGAGCCAUCAUUGUGGACUCUCGUACAGGAACACUCUACUGGACUGAUUGGAACCGAGAAGCUCCUAAAAUCGAACGCUCCUCUGUGGAUGGACAAAACCGAAGAAUCCUGGUACAGGAUGGCAUCGGACUGCCCAAUGCUUUGACCUAUGACUCCACCACACGCCAGAUCUGCUGGGCCGAUGCAGGAACCAAGCGCCUUGAGUGUAUAUCCCCUAAUGGGACAGGGAGACGUGUGGUCCACAGUGACCUAAGCUACCCCUUCAGCAUGGUCGCCUUCGCCAAUCACUACUACUACACAGACUGGAGGAGAGAUGGGGUCAUCUCUCUCAGUCGAGAUAACCUGUCAACAGAUGAGCAUUUGCCGGAUCAGAGGUCUCAUUUGUAUGGUAUUACAGUCGCCCCUCCACACUGUUUAUAAGGGAGAUGAUAAUGACAGAGCCAGCAUUAUAUGGUGCUAUUUUGGGCAAGAGUUUGGAGAGCUUGUGCUGUGGGAAUCACGACGGACACGUGGACUCCGAAGAGAGCUGAUCGCAGAACCCGCAAGUCUCACCGAACGUCACUGUCAAUGCUAAAGGGCAAAUUUACAAACAUGAAAGCGUGAAUAUUUUCUCAAAAUAGUUUUGUAAAUUUGUUUUAUACCUCAUUUCUUUCUACUGUAAUUUUGUAUGUGACUUUUUGUUAAAAAAAUAAAAUAAAAAAAUA